AUGAUUUGGUUUCAACUGAUGGGACUUUUAUUUUGUGUAAGUCCUGCGGGGGCUACUCAUCUAUCCUACACUAUCGAAGACUACAAAUCCUUGACAGACUCCCUGCUUGCAAAUUAUUCUAGUAAAAUCCGCCCCAUCAAAAACCAGGGGGAUUCACUGAAAAUGGAAACAAGCCUUUGGCUGAUUGGCGUGAAUGAUGUAAACUCCGUGGACCAAAAAUUGGUGACAACAGCAUACUUAUAUGUCACAUGGGUAGAUGAACUCCUAACCUGGAAUGAAACCACAACUGGUAUCUACUGGAUGCAGUUUAAUCAGAAGGAUAUAUGGACGCCUGAUAUUGUUUUAAAGAAUGGCUUCACAUCAUUUAAGCCCCUGGGAGGUGAUUUUUACUAUUUGUUUGUGGAUUAUGACGGAACUGUGUACUGGUAUCCAUACAUGGUAUUUGAAUCAUCAUGUGAUAUUGAUAUUUCCCAUUAUCCGUUUGACAAACAGUCGUGUAAAAUCAGCUUUAAGACAUGGAGUUACUCCAGAUGGGAAAUUAACCUAACAGUUUCAUCAGAUAAGGUCGGAUAUUACGAAUUUGUGGAGAACAGCGUUUGGGAAGUGACAUCAACUGAUGCGACAUAUGACGUAUCAACAUACGAAACAGAUGUACAUUUUAUAAUAAAUCUUCGCCGAAAACCAUUGUAUUACGUCAUGAACUUGAUCCUUCCAAUAAUUUUUCUUGGUGUUUUGAAUUUGCUUGUCUUCAUCAUUCCAGCCGACGCCGGAGAAAAAAUGGGUUAUGCUGUAACGAUAUUUCUUACCUUUGCAGUGUUUUUAACCAUGGUUAGUGCCGAGCUUCCGAUAAACUCAGACUCAGUUUCGGUCCUUAGUAUUUAUUUGAUUUUGCAGCUAUGUAUAGGCAUUCUUGUUCUUAUGAUUACCUCUCUACAACUCCGAUUACACCAUAGAACUGAAGAGAGAAAAGUAGGAAAAGUACUCCGCUUUUUUGUACGAAUGGAAAGGCGUAUGAGAUGUGAAGGGGGAAAAGAUUCCUUACAAUAUGGAUGUCUUCUUAAAAAGUGUAAAUGUAUGGACAACAAUAAAGUUAUGGAAGUUAAUGAAAGAUACCUUAAAAGCAGACAAGGAAACGAGAAAGAAGGCAUGGAAGAAAUAGAAGAAAAAGAAGAAUCAAUGUCAUGGAAUGAUGUGUCAUCGGCCAUAGACUUUUUCGCGUUCUGGAUUUUGCUACUUUGUGAAUUUAUUCUUUCAGUGGGGGUUUUCACGUAUGCUUCAGUAUAUUAAACCUCUUUUCUAUGUUUUUGAGCCAUUUGCAAAGCAGAGCGAUAUCUCCGGAUAACUUGGCUCGGUGUUUGUCCGCGUCCGUCUUUCA